CGAUUUACAGCUACCGUGUGUCUUGUAUAAGUUUUUUUGUUUUUUUUUUUAAUAACAGGUUGUAAAAUCUAAAUCUAGUAACCUUACCUCUGUGCUCCUUGCUGUCUCUCGUUCCCCUAUGAAAAAAUGCGGGGGAAAAAUCACAACCCCCACAGUUAAUUCUGAACAAUUUCUGUGCAUUAUAUAAUGAAGGAGUCAAAUUUGAUAACUCUUUGGACUCCACCUUCUUCUAGUAAAAGGUCAGACUUUUAAAAUACAGGGGACAGCAUUCAUUUUUAUAUCAAAGACUUUUGGACUUUUUCUUAACUAAGGUGCUGGAGUCAAAAACUUUUAAAUGUUCUGAUGCACUUGUCAGCCUUUUUUUUUUUUUUUGAGAGAGUUCUUUAAUGCUCAAAAGAUUUCACACUUGAAAACGAAAGGACAAAUGUUUUAAGUGCAGAGAAAAUGCAGUCACUGAGUGUUCUCCUCCCCCCUGUGACUUAGCAAGUACACUUUAAUAAACCUCAGUAUUGACCUUUUAAGCUCUUGCUGUUUCAAGCCAAAAAAGAUAAUGAAUUUUCAUUUCUCUGUUUUUCUUUUUUUUCCUUAUUUUUUUAACCACAUAUAAUAUGGAUCAUCUUAGGAUAGGAAAGAAGCCAGUUUCUGAGAGGAGGAAGGGGCUACUGCUGUAUUUAUUACUGUGGGUUAGAUUUAGCAUUGUUAGGUCAGGGGCAUCUUGCUGCUGUUUUACUGCAUCUUUUCAGCUCCAAGAAUCUGUAAACGGAGGAGCCCUUUGGUAGCACCAGGCAAUGAGUCGCUGUGGAAAAUGAACUGUAUUCAUUUACUGCUCCAUCUGCCUAAAUACAAGACUGGCUUUCACUAAAGAGUUGUAAAAUAACAUGAAUUCUUGUUUCUUAAAUGCAGUCUUUCACAAUCAUCCGGCUAACUAUUGAUCUUUGCUCUUGUGGUAACUUUGUAAAGUGAUUGGAGCACUGCAGCUGGGGGGUGGGUCUCUGUGUGUACCUGUCUUACGCUGCACGCACACAAACGUGUCAGAUGCAAUACAGACAGAGGGCUGCUAGCCUGCAUAAGGGCUUUUAUCCUUGGAACUGAGGAACGUGGGUUCUCCAGGUAGAGUCACAUCCUCCUACCUCUGUGGAUGGCUUGGACUUGUGCAUAGUUCAAGACUCUUGGAUGACCACACUUUAUGCAAAAUCUGGAAUCUUCCUGCCUGGACUCCUUUCAAUUUUCUGAGGGUUCAUGUUGGGGAGAGGUCUAAAACGCAAGCUGAGUGACUAUGAGGAGAAUAUGGCUGGUCUCUCUAGUGCCUUCGAUUCCAGUCGAAAUCUGCCAUAUCCGCUUAAGAGGCAGCUGGUGCUUAAUAUGUGCCUCACCAAGUUACAGACAUACAAAAUGCUGGUGGAACCGAACUUGCACCGCUCUGUCCUCAUAGCCAACACGGUGCGGCAAAUUCAAGAGGAAAUGAGACAAGAGAGUAAUCAGCAGCCAGUUAAUGUCUGCGCUGGCAUUACUCCUAGUACUCACAGCUACACAGGGAUGGAGUCAUCUGGGAUUUCCCUACAGUUGCCUUCAGGUAUUAGUCAGCAAGAGUCUAACUGUUGUGACUUGCGGUCUGCAGAAGACCAGAUAGAAAAUAGCCUGCUGAUAGUUUCAGACGAUGAUAUGUCGUCUGCUAUUUCAUCAAUUCUGAAGGAUUUAGACUUUGUAGAAGACAUAAGCCCACCUACUUGUCUGGUUCCUACUGGAGAUGACCAGCCAAAGUUUCCAGAAAAUGCCGGUCUAAAGCUAGAAGAUGAUAGACAGGAUUUGAAGGGAGCCGAAUGCGUCUUUGGUUCCUUUGAGAUUUCGAAUUCAACUAGCUACUUGAAGGAUUUGGCAAUAGAUGACAUUUUUGAAGAUAUUGACACUUCAAUGUAUGACUCAGACUUCUGUUGCCCUCCGCUAACGCCACCCAGACCACCACCUCUUGCUACAGAAGAACCAUUGAAAACCUUCCCAUCAUGUAAUUCUUCUUCAGCAAACAACAUUCAAAUAUGCAGAACAGAUCUGAGUGAGCUGGACCACAUCAUGGAAAUUCUCGUUGGAUCCUGAUACUUGUUUUACCCAAAGAUACUUUUUGACUGCCACUUUCAUUUGGUUUCAGGAUAAAAGCCACUGGAAAAGUUGUAAAGAAUUAUUUAAAACACAAAGUAAAAAAAUAAUCUGUCCAUAGUGGGGUUCUCUAAAUAAUUCCAAAACUUAUAAACCAGAAAAGUGGCAGUCCUUUUCUUUUUCUUUCUUUCUUUUUUUUUUUUUUUUUUUAAAGAAAUAUUUAUUUAUCAGAACUGUGCAAUCAUCUUUUUCCUUCCAGGGUGUAUGUGGAACUAUAGGCACAUACCCUUAUCACCCCUCAUGCCUCUUUCAAUAAACUUUUUUAUGUGCAAUUUUUAAUUUGUCAGAAGAAUUUACAUGCAAAACAAAUUUCAUAUGAGAUGAUCUUUUACAAAGCCUCCACUUUAUUUUUAAUAUCAGAGUCUAUGCCAGGUUGGCAUAUGUCAAGUUGCAUAGUUGGAUUGCCUGGAUGCAGACACAUUACUAGAGAUGGGUAUAUUUUAAAAAUGAGACACGCUUUGCUUUCUUUUCGUCGGAAAAGCAGAUCAAGACACUUGUCAACAAAGUCUCUUGCAUUUUCUAAAGCAUUCAGAACUAUUUAUUUUUGUAAAUUUUAUAGUCUUUCUACAUUUUACUACGUUAUUUCAUCAUAGUUCAAAUAUAAUGGACUUCUAGUUGGAUGUGUUUAGCACUACCUCUGAGCUGAAAUGCUUUAACUCUUUCCAGUGCUUCGUCUAAGACUGCAGAUCUUUUUGUUUCUAUUUUUUUUCUGGGGGAAAGUACUUCUAACUCAUUAAGCUGAUCCUUUGACAGUGACCUAGCUGAUUUGUGAAAUCAAGGGUAUUCAAUGUUUAAAAACUUUUAAGUAUUUACAAAUGUAAUUUAUAUGUAGAUUGUGCAAUUUAACAAUUUUCCGUCAGUAUUACGUGCUUAGAUUUUGAAUAAUCUUGGCGUUCUUUAAAUUAAAACUUUACUAUGUACAGGUAGCUUUUUAAUCUGUUUUGGAAAACACUGUCCUUCAGCCCUGCUUUCACUACAAAGUUUAAGAUGAUUUUUAUGUGCAAUAUUAUUUAAAAAGAUACACGUUUGUAUACCUGGCAUUGUAGAAAGAAACGCUUCAAACUUAAAACUUCUAGCACCUUGGGAGGAUACUCGCAGAGUCACCGUUUCCGUAUCCUUUAAGAGACGAAGUUGAGAAGGCUUCCUGCUGCACCCACCAGUGCUCGCUGUUCUGAAUGCUCCUGGAAUACUCGCUGGUAGGCGGUGAGUCAGUGCCGAUGACUAAGAACCUUCCUGCAGCUGUGUCUGUGGGAGCUCAGGGGUCUGACUGCUCGGAUGCAGCGUCAGGACUGGGGCCUGCCCGUGCUUCGGAAGCGUUCUGGUGGUGGCUGGUGGCUAUGCUGCAGGCAGUGCCGAAGGAGGGUUCAUGUGUGUGUGGCAGGUGUGUAUAUAAGUAUAUAUAAGCGCACUCGUUAACUGAAGAUGAGAUUUGCAGUGAGAACUAUUUUUUCUGUAAGACAGUUUGGAUACUGUUUCAGCUUGAAUUGAGGUCUGUAUUGAUCCUUGCUAUUGUCUUCUGAAGUACACACUUGCACACUAGUUAUUUUUUAGGGGUUUUUGAUUGUUUUUUUAACUAUAAAACUUUUACUUUGGUCUUGAAAGCUGCAGCAUCUGUCUCAUAAGAAAAUCUGUAGUUGUAAAAGCUUUGCUUUGGUUUGUUUUCUGUUUUUGUUCUGCUGGGACUUUACAAGAAUGGGGCAUCUGCAGAGAAAGAAAACAUUUACUGUGUGUUGCAUCUCACAGACAUUGGAGUCCUGGCCCUAUUGAUGGUGCCAGGGUAUCACCUACUAUUUCUAGUCUUAACUGAUGCUGUAGCACACUUACCUUGUGCAAAGAUCUUUUUAUUUUUAUUAUUAUUAUUUUUUUUUUUACUGUGACUCUUGGUUAACAGUUAGCUGCCAAUACAGUUUGGUUUCCCAGACCAGUGGAGAACCAGUUCAGGUCACAUCCUUGCAGCCAUCUGGGUUGUUUAGCAACCGAAGGGUAUAAAUGUAUUUAUAUGCAUAUAAUGUAUUGAUUCUAAUAUAAAACUUCUGAUCUAAAGUAUUUUGAAUUGCUGGAUAAAGGGAUUUGUUUGAAGAGUGUAUAAGUAGUUCUUGAAGAGGUACAGCUUCAGAAUGUACACAGAUUGUGCAUUGUGUAUAGACUACUCUGGCUUUUCCUCAGCCUCUACUUUUGUAUUAAAGAUAUGCCUGAAUAAAUCCUUGAAAUAUUAAGGGCCUUCUGCACUGUGAUGAAGCAGAGUUGUGGUUAAAAAUGUCUUUAAAUUCUGUGAUGAGGAAUAAAGUAAAAAAAGACUGCAUUUAAUUUCUUCUUGCAUUUGAAAAUAUGGAAUGUUACUAUGCAGUAAAGAUAUUUUGGUAUUAAAAUUAUAUCAUGUAGCAAAUAGUGAACAGUUAAUUAAUCCACUUACCUUGCAGCCCCAACAGGGAGAAGACUUCCUUUUCAGCAUUUACAUGCUGAACUCUUUUGUACACUUCAGAAAUAGAUGAAAUUGUUGGUACAUUUUAUCAACAAUACAAAAUGUGAUUUUGCUUGCCACAAAGCUCUGUUUCUAAUUGCUUGCUUGCAUCACAGUGCCAAGACCAUAAAGCUGGUAUGUAAUGCAGUUCGGUAAUGUAUGGAAUUAUGUGCAAAGGGAAGAUUAAUUUUUAAAUAUGCACAAACUAAUUUUAAAAUCCUUCCAUGUAAAAUGAAGUUAGAGGCUAGUUGUGGUGGACCUAUUUAUUGUAUGUUUGGAAAUAAAAGCCACAGUUUUGCAGUUUAACCAUUUAUA